AAGUAAACUUAGCCCUCUAAACGACUUAUCGUAGAGAUCGUCUCUCCCGCCAACAAAAUUUUGACAAACACUUCAUCCGCGGUAGUGCGUUACUGUAACAGGCACGGCGCCAAGCAGAGAGACGACAGCUGACAUCUAACGAUCAAUCCCUAGCAGAUUAGUUGUAAUGUAUGGGUGUAAUGGAGAGAGCACUACCAAAUUCAGCAACCAUUCUAUUUCCAUGAACAACUUCAGUGACAUGGAUAUCAUUAGCGCUUACUUUCCGUCCAACGAUGAUUUCACAGUCGACGAGCUCAAGCUCGUUCUCAUUUCUAAACUCAUCAAUUUCUUCUCCAUUGGAGAUCUCGCUUCUCAGGUGAAGGAAGACAGUGGAGCCUUCUUUUUACCAAUUGACUUUCAACAAUUUCGAAAGAUAUGCGAUGUUGAUGAAUUCUAUGCAAUUUUAGAAGAUAAACCUAAAGUUGCUCUCUCUUGCUUGGCUGCUGCUCUUCAUAAGGUGCUUUUGACCAAAUUGGAGGACAACGUUUUAAAUGAUGGCACCAAGAUCAACAUUCGUCUUCACAACUAUCCUGAAUCAAUGAUUGCUUUGAGAAACCUUAAAGCAGCAUACAUCGAUAAGCUUGUGUCUGUCAGGGGAACCGUGGUGAAAAUUAGCACUGUUAGGCCUCUAGUAGUACAAAUGAGUUUUGACUGUGAAAAAUGCAAGUGUAAUAUCGUACGCGUGUUUCCUGAUGGGAAAUUUUCGCCACCAACUAUUUGUAACUUGAAUGGCUGCAAGAGUAAAGCAUUUCGUCCCAUUCGGUCUUCUGCCCAAGCCAUAGAUUUCCAGAAAAUAAGGAUACAGGAGUUACUGAGAUCAGAAGAUCACGAGGAAGGCCGGGUUCCUCGAACUGUGGAAUGUGAACUGACUGAAGAUCUUGUUGAUGCAUGUAUUCCUGGAGAUGUGGUGACUGUUACUGGAAUUAUAAAAACAAUCAACAAUUAUGUAGAUAUUGGAGGAGGAAAAUCAAAAGGCAGAAAUCAAGGAUUUUACUAUUUGUAUCUGGAGGCGGUUUCCAUUAAAAAUUCCAAAUCACAGUCUACAUCAUGUGAUUUGCAAGAUUCCGGUUCUAAUGCCAGAGCUACAGAACUCUCUGAUCUGUUCUCAUUUUCUCCUCGAGAUCUGGAAUUUAUUGUUAACUUCUCGGAAGAAUAUGGUUCAGAUGUCUUCCGGCAAUUAGUUCAAUCCAUAUGUCCUUCAAUUUAUGGACAUGAACAUGUUAAAGCGGGAAUAACAUUAGCCCUGUUUGGAGGUGUGCGCAAGCAUUCAAUGGAUCAGAAUAAGGUCCCUGUUAGAGGAGAUAUCCAUGUCAUAAUUGUUGGUGAUCCUGGAUUAGGCAAGAGUCAAUUACUGCAAGCAGCAGCUGCUAUUUCUCCACGUGGCAUUUAUGUCUGUGGCAAUGCUACGACCAAUGCUGGUCUCACUGUAGCUGUAGUCAAGGACUCCAUAACUAGUGAUUAUGCAUUUGAGGCUGGUGCAAUGGUGCUAGCAGACAGUGGUCUGUGUUGUAUUGAUGAAUUUGAUAAAAUGUCCGCAGAACAUCAGGCUCUUCUAGAAGCCAUGGAGCAGCAAUGUGUCUCUGUUGCAAAGGCUGGCCUGCUAGCAAGUUUGUCAGCACGAACUUCUGUUCUAGCAGCUGCAAACCCAGUUGGUGGUCAUUAUAACCGAGCAAAGACGGUGAAUGAGAACUUGAAAAUGAAAGCUGCUCUUCUCUCUCGAUUUGAUUUGGUUUUCAUAUUACUUGAUAAACCUGAUAUAGUAUUGGAUAAACAAGUUUCGGACCACAUUAUGCAACUUCAUGCUGGCUAUGGGGAACAUGCACCGGCAGCCAAAAAGCUACGAAUAGCAUCACAGAGCAAUGGGGGCAUAAAUAUAGGUGUACGAAGUGGUUCCCUAAUUUCAAGGCUGAGACUUGAACCAAAGAAGGAUGUUGAUUUUGCUCCUCUGCCUGGUCCACUUCUUCGAAAGUAUAUUGCUUAUGCAAGAACUUAUAUCUUCCCAAGGAUGUCAAGACCAGCAGCAGAAAUCCUGCAGAAGUUCUAUUUACGGCUUAGAGAUCAUAAUACAUCUGCUGAUAGUACACCAAUAACAGCAAGGCAACUGGAAAGUUUGGUGAGACUAGCUGAAGCUCGGGCUCGGCUAGAAUUGAGAGAAGAAAUAACAGCACAAGAUGCAAUGGAUGUUGUUGAAAUAAUGAAAGAGUCCUUAUAUGAUAAGUAUGUUGAUGAGCAUGGUAUGGUUGAUUUUGGUCGGAGUGGAGGAAUGAGUCAACAGAAAGAAGCAAAACGGUUUCUAAGUGCCCUCAAUAAGCAGUCAGAAUUGCAGCAGAAAGAUACUUUUUCUAUUUCUGAGAUUUACAGUUUGGCAGAUAGGAUUGGUCUAAGAGUUCCGGAUAUUGACACUUUUGUGGACAACUUAAACAGUGUCGGUUAUCUACUCAAGAAGGGACCAAAGACAUUUCAGGUGCUAACAUCAUCUUAUACGCGAAGUCAAUCAUCAAGGUCUAGGUGCUGAAGUUCUUUUUGCCUAACUUGAAAACUCAGGUAAUUUUCACAAAAAAAUAUCUCUGUAAAACUUGUAAGUCAUGACCUCAAACACGCAGUUGAUGUCAUAAUGUAUAGAAAAAGCAGCAGUUUUUUGUAAAAGUUGUAUAAAGAAUGCUGUUUAUACAUGAAUCAAUUCAGAAUUCUCUAUUCAACAUGA